AUGUCUCGCGGCGGCGGGGACGAGCUGCAGGCGCUGGUGAACUACUACGCCCGCGGUGGGUACUCGCGGCACGUGCAGACCGCGUGCGCGGGCGGGGGCGACGUCGCGCGGUUCUGGAGCGCGUUCUCGCUCAUCGCGCAGGGGAGCCACUCCGAGGCGAUCGGACAGCUGGAGUCCCUCAUGCGCGACCGCGAGCUCGAGCUCGCGUGCAUGGCCGCGUGCGUCCACGCGCACAAACAAGCGCGCGUCGUGGACGAGGAGUCCGUGGAGCACCUCGAGAACAGGAUCGCGCGAGAGGAAGCGCACGCGUCGCCGAGAUCGUUGCUCCUGUGCGCGACGUUUUACUCCCUCGCGCCGUCCUCCGCGGAGUCCUGGCGCGGGAAAGAGCUCGCGGAGCGCGCGUUAGAGACCGAGCCGGGUUUCUUAGAGGCGAAGUCGUUGCUCGCGUGGAUCGAGCUCACCGGCGCGGGCGGCGCGGCCCAGGAGGACGAGUGGGACGAGGACCUCGGCCCCGGAACCCCCGGGGGCCCCGCCGCGAAGACGGAUCGCGUCCGCGUCCGACUCGACGCCGCCAAGCGCAUGUUCGACGAAGUUCUCGACGCCCCCGGGGGAGACACCCAGCUCGACGCGCUCAUGGGGCGAGUGAAGGUGUUAGAGGCGUCCUAUCAAACCCAAGGCGCGAUGGACGUGUUGAACCACGUCAUCGCGCGGUUCCCGAACUUUGUCCCGGCCAAGGCGGAGAAGGCCAAGACGCGGAUGGCCGCCGGGGAUUGGGACGCCGCGAUGGACACCGCGGGGGAGAUCUUGGACUCCGCGGAGGGAAGGGAGGACAUCACCGCGUUGAGGGUGCGCGCGUUUCACGCGCUGUCGAUGGAAGGCGCGGGGGAGGCGGCGAAGAGAGCGGUGCGGGACGUUUUGGGCGCCGUCGACGCGAGGGAGCCGAGGAACGCCGGGCUGUACUUGGACUGCGCGAGGGAUUUCGCGCGCGUCUCCGGGGGGAACGAGUCGAUACUGUCCUCGUGCGCUUUAAUGCUCGAGCGCGCGGAGAAGAUCGCGCCGGAUCGCGUAGACGUCGUGAAAGAAGCCGCGUACCAGCAGCAGUUACUCAGGGAGUACAAGGCUGCGAUCGCGGGGUAUCGACGCGCAGCGCAAAUCGACGAACGCGACGGCGCGUUGGACGACUUUACAUCUCUGUACGGAACGAUCUGGUGCCAGCUCCUUGACGAUCAAAUAACCGACGCGGAGCAGGAGUUAGAAUUUCUGAACGACGUCACGACCGAACGGAACGUGAAGCUCGUGUUCCUCACCGCGCUGCACGCGUCGAAAGUCCCGGGCGCGGACAUCGAGACGCCGUUGACGGAGCUGGAACGACUUCUCACGUCGCACCUCGCGGCGUCGCGGUCGCGGACGUUCGGGUUCGACUACUUCGUCGCCAUGGACCCGGACUUGUUGACCCAGUGCGCGGAACUGUUCCUCUCGCGCGAGAGCGGCGAACCGAGAGGGAAGAACGCCCCGAUGUCACCGGGCGUCGAGAAGGCGUUGUCGUUGCUCGAAGCCGUGUGCGCGCGCGCGCCCGGGCUCGCGUCGGCGCGGCUGCUUCUCAUGCGGACGAGGUACAUCGCCGGGCACCACGACGCGGCGGCUCGGACCGCGAACGCGCUCAUACAGUCUCAAACCGACGGCGUCGCGGACGCGCACAUCGUGCUCUCGCAGAUUGCGCUCACGAACGGGGAUCACGUGAACGCGCAGAGCGAGCUCGACGAAGCCGUCGCGUCGAAUUUCGCGAUUCGCGACUCGCCGAUGUACGCGAUCAUCUCCGCGCAGUGCAUGGUGCUGAACGAGGACUACGAGGGCGGGUUGAAGGAGAUCAAAGCCGCGAUGAAGCUCCCGGGCGUGAAGAAAGCGAUGACCGAAGCGGAGAAGGAGCGCGCGCGGCGGAAGAACGCGAUACCCGUCAGCACGCGCGACCGAGCGUCCGUGUACAUGAUGCACGCGGAGGUUUUGACGAAACUCGACCGCGCGAGCGAGGCGGAGGAAGUCGUCAACGCGGCGUCGGUGGAGUUUAAAGGGACGACGGAGGAAGUCCGCGUCAUGAUCGCGCAGUGCGAGCUCGCGAUGAGCAAAGGGGAGUCGAACGAUGCGCUGAAGAUGCUCGAGCAAGUGUCCGAGGACUCGCCGCAUUUCGCAAAGGCGAAAAUCGCGCUCGCGAAGAUUCACCUCGAGAAGAGGAACGAUGAGGAGGCGUACAUGCGGUGCUACGAGGACGUCUCUCGCGUCGUCGGCGACGCGAAGUCUUUAGUCGCGCUCGCGGACGCGUACAUGCGGUGUGGGGAAGCGCACAUGGCCGUGGGGGUGUACGAGAAAGCCGCGGCGAUGAACCCCGGGGACGUCGCGCUCGCGGUGAAAAUAGGAAGAGCGCUCGUUGAAGGGCAUCACUUCAAAAAAGCGAUGGACUACUACGAGGGCUUCCGCGCGUCGCACCCUGGCGAGACCGAGUUGCAGAUGGAUCUCGCGCAGCUGUAUAUCCAGCUCGGUAGGGUAGACCCGAUAUACUGGCCGCGCGCCGAGGCUGUGUUGCAGCAGUUGUUGGACACGUUUACGGACGCGCGCGAUCCGGCUUCGCUGGAGAGCGGCGUCGAGUGCACGCGGAUGCUCGCGACCGUGCACCUCGGGGAGGGGAAUAGAGCCGGGUAUCUGGACGCGCUGACGGAGGCGAAAGAGCUGCUCAGCACGCUCGUGACGCGAAGCAAGAGCGACGUCGAGGCGUCGCAUAAGCACCGAACAGCGCUCGCGGGGGUGUGCCGGGAAAUCGGGGAGAUUUACACGAAGUCGCACGACACGGAGAACGCGUCGUCGUUUUACCACGAAGCUCUGAAGCACAACCCGGAGGACAUCAGCGCGAUGAAAGCGCUCGCGCAGAUGCUCCUGAACGUCGGCGACGUCGGAGGGUGCGAGCGCAUGUGCGCGGACAUCUUGCGCGCGGACGCGGACGACGAAGAAGCGAACAUGAUGCUCGCGGAGUUGAUGUUCCAACGCGAGGAUAUCGAGGGGGCGAUGUAUCACUUCUCGCAGAUACUCGACAAGAACCCGGGGAAUUACAUCGCGAUGGCGCAGCUCGUGCAGUUGUUGCGACGAAGCGGACGACUCGACGAGUGCGAGGCGUUCUUUGCGGAGGCGGAGACCGCGGCGAUCGACUCGUCGAAAGACGAGGGGCUUUUCUUUUGCAGAGGCCUCGCGCAGAGGUAUAAAAACAACCCGAGGGAGGCGCUCGUGCAGCUGAACAAAUGCCGCGGCUCGCACGAGUGGGGCCCGUACGCGGUGUACACAAUGGUGGACAUUUACCUCUCCCCCGAGAACGAAGACGUGUGGGACGAAGAAGGGAACGUCACCGAGGAAGAGGGGACGCAGCACGAAAACACGGAUAACGUUCGAGCGGCGAACGAUUUACUCGCGGAGAUUCGCCCGGUGUCGCGGCAGCACCCGCGUCACGAAGUUCUAGAAGCGUACGCGCUGAUGGGGACGCGGAACAAGCCCGCGAUCAAUCGCGCGAUCGGCAUACUCACCGAGGUUGUGAACAAAGAUCACGAUAACGUCCCCGCGCUUCUCGCGAUGUCGAGCUGCUUCCUGAUGUUGAAACAAACCCCGAAGGCGCGGAACCAGCUGAAGCGAAUCGCGAAGCUGCCGUUCAACUCCGGGGAGGCGGACGAGUUCGAACGAAGCUGGCUCCUGUUCGCGGAGAUCAACAUGAAGGACAAAAAACGGUUCGAGGAAGCGAGGGAGCUAUGCAGGAAAGCGUUGAAGUACAACAUCGCGUGCGCGAGGGCGUGGGAGCUCUUAGGACAGAUGGCGGAGAUGGAGACGAACGUCGAAGAAGCCGCGCGGUCGUACGAAUCGAGCUGGCGAUUCUCGUUCGAGAGCAACCCCGCGGUGGGGUACCGCCUCGCGAAAAACUACCUGAAGAUGAAAAUGUUCGUGCACUCGAUCGACGUGUGCAAGAAGGUUAUCAAGGAUCACCCGGACUUCCCGAAGAUUCGGCAGAAGAUCUUGAACAAGGCGAGGAUUAGCAUCAAGCCGUGAGUGAUUGUAAUUCGUCACAAAAAAACUUUAGUC